CGAAAAUUCUCUACUUCACAUUCAAAUCUUCCGGCUUAUUUAUCUUUAGUCCUGUCUACAUGUUCUUCGUACUCUUCAGUGACUGAUAAUUGUAAAAAUGCAGCUGGUAUUUAUCAAGAAUUGCCUUAAGAAGUCCAUUGUGUUACGACCAUCUGUGUUUUACCAAUUUCGACAGAAUCAUGGAGCUCCAGUACAUAAACCAAUCAAAAAGAUUCUUGUUGCCAACAGAGGUGAAAUUGCUAUUCGAGUUUUUCGAGCAUGUACUGAACUUGGGAUACGGUCAGUUGCAGUCUAUUCUGAGCAAGAUAAAAUGCAUAUGCAUCGACAGAAAGCUGAUGAAUCAUACUUGAUUGGAAAAGGGCUGCCUCCUGUUGAAGCUUACCUUAAUAUUGCUGAAAUAAUAAAAAUAGCACAGGAGAAUGGUAUUGAUGCAAUACAUCCAGGAUAUGGUUUUCUUUCUGAAAGGGCUGAUUUUGCACAAGCCUGUAUUGCUGCUGGAAUUCGAUUUAUUGGACCGUCUCCAGUUGUUAUGGAAAAAAUGGGUGACAAAGUAUCUGCUCGAAAGUCAGCUAUUGCUGCUGAUGUUAAAGUAGUGCCUGGGACAGACAAGGCAAUAAUUGACAUAAAUGAGGCUGCUAAUUUUGUGAAAGAACAUGGUCUGCCAAUCAUUUUGAAAGCAGCAUAUGGUGGUGGAGGUCGUGGAAUGCGAGUUGUGAAAAAAAUGGAAGAAUUUGAAGAACUUUUUACAAGAGCUGUAUCUGAAGCUACAUCAGCAUUUGGCAAUGGUGCAGUUUUUAUUGAGAAAUUUAUUGAAAAACCUCGACAUGUAGAAGUUCAGAUACUUGGUGACAAUUAUGGUAACAUAAUUCACUUAUUUGAAAGAGAUUGCUCUGUUCAGAGACGGCAUCAAAAAGUUGUUGAAAUUGCACCUGCCCCAAACUUUAGCCCUGCUAUUCGUGCUAAAAUGACGGCAGAUGCAGUGAGAUUAGCAAAAUCUGUUAAUUAUCAAAAUGCUGGCACAGUUGAGUUCCUGGUUGAUGAGAAAGGAGAUUACUAUUUUAUUGAAGUAAAUGCUCGUCUGCAAGUAGAGCAUACAGUAACUGAAGAAAUAACUGGGAUUGAUUUGGUUCAAUCUCAGAUACGUUUAAGUGAAGGAUACAGUUUACCAGAGCUAAAAAUGAUUCAAGAUCAUAUUCAUAUAAAGGGCUGUGCACUACAAUGUCGUGUAACAACUGAAGAUCCUGCAAAAAAUUUUCAGCCUGACACUGGUCGCAUAGAGGUUUUCCGUAGUGGUGAAGGUUUUGGCAUUCGAUUAGAUGGAGCAUCUGCCUUUGCUGGUGCUGUUAUUUCACCUUAUUAUGAUUCUCUUUUGGUCAAAGUAAUAGCUCAUGCAUCUGAUCUAACAGCAGCUGCAUCAAAAAUGAAUCGAGCUCUACGAGAAUUUAGAGCAAGAGGUGUAAAGACGAACAUUCCUUUUCUUCUCAAUGUGUUAGAAAAUCCAAAAUUUCUCGGUGGGACAAUUGAUACAAAUUUCAUUGAUGAAAAUCCUCUCCUUUUUCAUUUUGAAGCUACUCAAAAUAGAGCACAGAAACUUCUUCGUUACAUUGGGGAUGUAAUGGUAAAUGGACCUGCAACACCUUUAGCUACAAAAUUAAAACCUUCUGAUUUAGAGCCCUUUGUUCCAGAAGUGCCUUCAGGUUUCAAGCCAUCUAAAGGUUUCAGAGAUAUCCUAUUAAGAGAAGGUCCUGAAGCAUUUAGUAAAGCAAUUAGAAAUCACAAAGGUUUACUUUUAAUGGAUACUACAUUCCGAGAUGCUCAUCAGUCUUUAUUAGCCACUCGGGUCAGAUCUUUCGACUUAUUGAAAAUCUCACCUUAUGUUGCUCAUAAUUUUAAUAAUUUCUUCAGCAUAGAAAACUGGGGAGGUGCUACAUUUGAUGUUUCAAUGAGAUUUUUGCAUGAAUGUCCAUGGGAGAGAUUGCAAGCUAUGCGGAAUCUUAUUCCUAAUGUUCCAUUUCAAAUGUUGCUGCGAGGAGCUAAUGCUGUUGGUUAUACAUCAUAUCCUGAUAAUGUUGUUUUCAAAUUCUGUGAGAUGGCUAAAAAAUAUGGCAUGGAUAUAUUCAGAGUAUUUGAUUCUCUUAAUUAUUUACCAAAUUUACUAUUGGGAAUGGAGGCAGCUGGACAAGCAGGUGGUGUUGUAGAAGCAUCUAUUUCAUAUACUGGUGAUGUUUCAAACCCUAAUCGCACUAAAUAUGAUCUUGAAUAUUAUGUGAAACUUGCUGAUGAACUCGUAAAAGCUGGAACUCACAUACUUGCCAUUAAAGAUAUGGCCGGCCUAUUGAAGCCUCGAGCUGCUAAACUUUUACUAACAGCACUUCGUGAUCGCCAUCCAGACAUACCUAUUCACAUUCAUACUCAUGAUACAGCUGGAGCUGGUGUUGCCUGUCUUUUAGCAUGUGCUGAAGCGUCGGCUGACAUUGUGGAUGUUGCGGUAGAUUCUAUGUCUGGCAUGACGUCUCAACCCAGUAUGGGAGCAGUUGUAGCAUGCCUUCAAGGCACUGAUUAUGAUACUGGUAUUUCCCUGGACAAAGUUACACCAUACUCUGCUUUUUGGGAGCAAACUCGCACACUAUAUGCACCCUUUGAAUGCACAGUAACCAUGAAAAGUGGAAAUGCGGAUGUAUACGAAAAUGAAAUUCCUGGUGGACAGUACACUAACCUUCAGUUCCAAGCCUAUAGUUUAGGUUUAGGAGAACAUUUUGAAAAAAUAAAAAAAUCUUAUGCUGAAGCUAAUAAACUAUUAGGAGAUUUAAUAAAAGUAACACCAACAUCCAAAGUUGUUGGUGAUCUUGCUCAAUUCAUGGUGCAAAAUAAACUGUCAGCCAAAGAAAUAUCAGAGAAAGCUGAAGACCUUAGUUUUCCGAGUUCAGUUAUUGAAUUUAUGCAAGGGUAUAUUGGUGAACCCCAUGGCGGCUUUGUAGAACCUCUUCGAUCUAAGAUUUUAAAAGGUUUACCAAAAAUUGAAGGCAGACCGGGAGCUAGUUUACCCCCAUUGGACUUUGAAAAGCUUAAAUCAGAUUUAGAAGAUAAACAUGGGAUGACGAUAGAAGAUCAAGAUGUUAUGAGUGCAGCUAUGUAUCCCAAAGUCUGUGAUGACUUCUUGGCUUUCCGUAAUACCUAUGGACCAGUAGAUUGCCUGAACACACGAGUCUUUUUAAUGGGUCCUAAAGUUGCUGAAGAGUUUGAAGUAACUCUUGAAAAGGGCAAAACUUUGCAUAUUAAAACUCUUGCUGUUUCUGAUAGUAAAAACAGUGCAGGAGAGAAAGAAGUGUUCUUUGAACUGAAUGGACAGUUGAGAUCCGUUUUUAUCCGAGAUAAAUCUGUCAAAGAGGAAGUUCAUGUUCAUCCUAAAGCAGAUAAAAUGAAGAAAGGAUCCGUUGGUGCUCCAAUGCCGGGAACAGUUAUUGAUGUUAAAGUAGAGGAAGGAAAGAAGGUUGAAAAGGGAGAUGCUAUGAUAAUAUUAAGUGCCAUGAAAAUGGAAAUGGUUGUACAAGCCCCAGUUUCCGGAACUGUGAAGAAAAUAUUUGCUACUCCUAAUAUGAAAAUUGAAGGAAAUGAUUUGCUUGUUGAAAUAGAAGAAUAAAUGGGAUGUUCAUAUUUAGUAUAUUUGUACUUGAGAUUAGUCUAAUUAUCAGGUGUUUCUUUUUGUUUUGUCUUUUUGUCCAAAUUUGCCUUUAAAAAAAAAAAUUCAUUUUGAGAUUAUUGAAAUGUAUGCAACACUAUUGCAAUACAUUGUCUUGUAACUCAUUGUUUAGCUUUGUUAAUGUAGGAAGUCAUGUGCCUUAAUUAUAUACUUUGAAAAUUUAUCGAACUGUUGAGUCCAUUUGCAUUUAAUAAGUGAUAUUACACUGAUCUCUUCAUCUGUUAUGAUUUUACUACACCACUUAAACUACAAAAAAAACUCGGUGCUUAUUUAAAAAUUUUUAAAUUAUAUUUUCGAAAUAUGUAUCUUUUCUGGUUGUAUCCAAGUAUUCUAUGCUUUUAUCUUAUUUUAUCUUUGGUGUUUUAAUGUAUUUUUAAGUAAUUUCUUUUGACUUUUUAUGUUAAUAUUUGAUUGUUUAGCGCUAUAUGUUUUGUUAUUUAGAAUUAAUUUUUGUUACAACUCAUUUAUUUGAAAUCUGUUUUCAUUUUUAAACAUCUGUGCCAAAUGCUCCCCAAAGUAUUUAAACUUUUAUUUUCAAAUGGAAAAGAAGUAGUAAAAAGAUUGUUGAUAUUAUUGCUGCUUACCCCACCCUUUUAAAUUUUAAAUAUUUGUUUCAUUUUUGGUUUUAAUUUUUACAGUGAGUUGUUAAAUGUUACUUUUAAUUAUUGCAUUUUGAUUUAGAAUUUUCAGUGGUGUUCAAACUGUGUUCACUGUUUAUGUAUAUAUGUCUUGUUUUUGUAAUGAAAGUUUAUACUGAAUUGCUUUUAGAAUUUCAGGUAAAACUUUGUAUUUUUAAAUGAAUAUUUUAGUAUACAAUAGGUUCCUUUCUUUAAUUGGAACCUCAACUUUUCUCGGAAAGCCAGUUAAAAUAAGUAAGAAGUAAACUUGCCCAAAAUUACUUGUAUAUUAAUGCACAUUAUUGCUGGGGUUUUAUUUUAAAUUAUUCAAUUAAAAUAAAAUUUCUUUGAAAUAAAUAAAUACCUUUGUGCUAAAAAGUACAAUAAGAAAUGACAACGUCAAAUUACAGAAAUUGCAGACUACAGCAAAAACCUAUUUUGGCAUAAUCAAGACACAUUUUUCAAUACAAAACAAAUGAGCUUAUGGAUGAAAAGACAUCCACAUCCGACAAAGACUUUUGUUGCUUGUGUUUCCAUCCAUAAAAUCAUUCAUUUUGCGUUAAAAAGGGCUUUCCUUGUAACACCAAAACACAUGGCUGCAGUAUUUCUGCAAUUUGUGCUUUUUGACAUUGUUAUUUCUGAUUUGAAAAUUUCUAUAUUUUACUUUUCUUUAACUAUAUUUAGAAAAGAAAUGAAAUUUAUUUUUGUAAGUGCAGUCCAAUUCACAAUAACUUGGAAGACCAAAAACUCGAAUAUUGCUAUAAUUAAAGUUUUUUAUCAAGUCUUGACUCUUUUGUCUUUAAUUCCACACUAAUUACUCUCAAUAUCUCGAAGUUAACUUCCUUUAACUUGAAGUUUUUUUUAAAGAUGACUCGAAAUUUAUUCCAAAAGAACGAAAAAAAAAGGAAACAAGUGACUAUGAGGAGAAAAAUUAAUUCACCUUCACUUGCAAUUCCAGCACAAUAGACCCCUAAACUCCAGUAGACAGCGUUCAUUGUUAACAUUUUACAGUUUAUUCAUUCCCCUGAAACGAUACAGUCUUACAAUUAAAACGGUUAAGUUGCCAGAUUGAGAUCAGCCUUGUCACAAUAAAGCCUUUCCCUGCAUGUUAAACAUUGCCAAAACAUAUUAUCAAAUUAUCAUGCUUUGGCGCGUGUUUCAUUGUUGAAACACGUGGAUUACUGGAUCAUCGGCUAUUAUUUAUGUGAGGGUUUUUUACCUUCCUUUUAUCCACAAAUUAUUAUUGUUUUAAAAAUUGUUUUGAAAGAAAAGAGGUGAAAAUCUAAAGAGAAAAUAGCUUCAAAACCCUACAUAUCACUUCGAAAUCUUUGCACCAUCUAUUACAUUCCAAUGGGGAACAUAUCUGUUGAAUUGACGCAUUCUGAUUAAUUCGUCUUGUCUAAUGUAAAUUAUUUCUAACUGGAAGUGUUAGACUUGAAUCUAACUAUCCCUGCAGAAAUUUAUCUAUUUUACUGUAAGUGUGUAAAAAUUAUUAACACUACUGGAAGCUUUCAAAUCAUCUUGCUAUUCAGGUUUUUUUAAUGGCUUAUGAUUUUUCACUAAGUAUGUAAUUUUUUUUUGAAUUCUGUAUUGGAGAUAAUUUAUAUCUUAAUUUCUGUGGAAAUCAUGAACUAGCUUUUUCCUCAUGCAUAAUAGUGACUCAUUUUACUUUGUGUGUUAAAAAAAAUUAAAUCAUAGAGUCAGUUUUUGUGGAAAAGCUACAUUAGAACUAGUGAAAAACUUUUUUUGUUAAAAUAUCUGUUGUUUUAAAAGUAAAAUCAAUGUAUUAUAAAAUACUUUAUUAUUGGCUGUGCUUAGUUAGUGUAUAUGAAUAUAUUAUAAUCUAUUAUUGAUUUUUACUGUAAAAUAUUUUAGUUUUCUUUCUAUUGCACUUUGGGUUUUGUAGCUAAAAGUUGAGAAUUUCUAUAUAGUGUUAAAACAUCUUAUUUUUUGGAAAUUGAAAUUAGUGUGUACCUGCUAGAUUUAUUUUGGUUUCUGAGCGUUAUGAAUUUUUCUUAGCAACGUUGAAAACUGCUGCUUCCAGUUAUAUUCCGUCGAUUUCAGAGUACUUCCAUGACAAAAAAAGAAAAUGAUAGAACUUGUGCUUUAAGCAAUACAACAGAGCAUUUAUGUGAUAUUGUGCUAUUGUAAGCAAAAAGGCACUUUAGUUUGGUCUCUGUUUUGCUACAUUAAAACUUUUAUUACUUUUUUUUCUAUUUUGAAUUUACAAUAAUGAAACAAAAACUAGAAAUAAAACAGAAAAAAAAAGUUUUCGCUUUAAGGCCUUUUUUUCUUAUAGUGGCAGAAUAGAUUAGAUUUAAAACGGUAUAGUUAGUAUGUUAAAAGAUUUCGGAUUGUCGUACUGUCUGUAUAGUUGACUACUAAUGAUACUGUUUAUCAGUGAGAGUAGUGAAUAUUUUGAUACUUGAUAAUUAUAUGUGUAUAUUUGUUGAUGUUUGUAAGAAAUAAUGAAUUUUAUUGUUAUGUGUCUGUGAGCUGUAUUCAGUGCUUAGUUUAUAUUGCAUUCAUGUAUAAAUAAUUUUAGCAUUGAUUUUAUUUAAGGGUUAUACAUAUUUAGCUUAUUUAGCUUUUCUUCAAAAGAGAAAUCCUUACUUCAGUUGCUGGCCAAUGUUUUUAUUUUAUUUAUUUAUUUUUUUAAUAGAAGCAUUUUAUGCAAAAAAGAAAAAAAAAAACUUUUCUAGUCAUAUUUUGGAAAUUAUUUAAAAUUAUGCAAAAACAUUAGUUAAUUAAAUAUUUUAAAUUUACAAAUAUUCACCAUUUUUUGCCAGUCUGUGACUAAUUCCAAAACACUCUAGUAAUUGUAAUGUUGCUUUAUUUACUGUUCUUAACAUAAAAAUCAGAGAAACUGCAUCUUGUAAAAUGCUGAAUGACUACCAGAAUGGAGGGAAUAAUCAUGCAUUCAAAAUGAAGGAUUUUAUUGCCUUGGGUUUUAGUAAAUGUGCAAAUUCUAUUUUUUUUUUACAUUGCCAGUAUUAAUUCCUAUCUUUGAUGUACUUAAAUACUUAUUUUUUGAGAUUUUAAUGCAGUCAAAUCUUACUAUCUAUUGAGAAAUGUUUGCAAAUUUUUUAUUCCUGUUAUUUGUUCCUAGAAAAUGAAACAAUUUAAUAAGUUGUUUUUGUCAUACAAUACAUGCUCCUCAUUUUUAACCCAUCUUACAAUUGAAUGCACAUUGUUAUUCCGUAAGAUAUUUGUA